AUGGUGAACGCUGUCCAGACUUUUGGCAGGAAAAAGACCGCGGUUGCAGUUGCUCACUGCAAAGAAGGUCGAGGUAUUAUGAAAGUGAACGGCGUUCCACUGGAUCUCCUGGAGCCCGAGUUGCUCCGUGUAAAGGUUUUCGAGCCGCUGCUUUUGCUCGGUGAGGAAACCUUUGCAAACGUGGACGUUCGAGUUCGAGUGCGGGGCGGAGGAGUCACCUCUCAGAUCUAUGCUAUUCGACAGGCUAUUUCGAAGGCAAUCGUUGCGUACUACCAAAAGUACGUUGACGAGGCGAGCAAGCGAACCAUCAAAGACAUUCUUGUCAGCUACGACCGCUCUCUGCUUGUUGCAGAUCCGCGGCGCUGCGAGCCGAAAAAGUUUGGCGGUCGUGGUGCUCGUGCUCGCUUCCAGAAGUCGUAUCGGUGA